UUCUUUGCAAGAGAAUAAUGAUUUUGAUAAAAAUUUUAAUCUAAAGAUGGCGUUCCAAACUGCCAUUAAAAAAAUCGUUCACCGGGUAAUUGCUGUUAACUCAACCGGUGGCUAAAUUAUCUAUUUUAGAUUAAUUUAUUAGGAAUUGUGAAUUUACUCGUUCUUCAUUUGUCUCAUUAGUUACUCCCUUUUGUAACACUUCAGCUAGUACAAUAUUUUAGCAUCAACCUUAUUCCAUGUCAUCAUCAAUCGAACCUUAAGGAAACCAUAAACCGAUCUCAUUUUUGAUCUUCUUCGCGAACAAAAAAUUAAACGCGAUAUGGCAUCCAGUACUUCUUUUAAGCCAGUUACUCAUGUGAUAUUUGAUCUUGAUGGUCUUCUCCUUGAUACUGAGACUUUAUAUUUCAAAGCCAUAAAUCAAGUUGUAUCAAAAUUUGGAAAGGAAUAUACACCUGAAAUCAAAGUUAAAACCAUGGGAAAAACUGGGAAGGAUGCUGCGCAAACCGUAAUAGAUGCACUUCAAUUGCCUAUUAACGCUGACGAAGCAACGAAAUUAUUGGAGCCCAUUUACUCUGAAGCUUUUCAAAAUGUUCAAUUCAUGCCUGGAGCUUUAAGAUUAUUGGAACAUUUAAAGAAACAUUCAAUUCCUAUGGCAAUAGCAACAUCUAGUUCAGCUUAUUCAUUUGGUGUUAAAAUAGCUAAACAUAAAGAUGUCUUUGAAACCGAUAAAUAUUUUCACCACAUCGUGAAAGCUGCAGUUGAUCCUGAAAUAAAAUUCGGUAAACCUCAUCCUGAGACAUUUUUAGUUUGUGCAAAACGGUUUAAUCCUCCUGCUAACCCAUCCGAUGUUUUAGUUUUUGAAGAUUCAAUCAAUGGUGUUAAAGGAGCCCUGGCAGCUGGAAUGCAAUGUGUCCAAGUCCCUGACCCUAUGAUUUUGAAGUGGAAUAACGUUGAGCCGACAAUGAUUAUAAAUUCGCUAAAUGAUUUUAAACCAGAAUUAUUUGGAUUACCUCCUUUCGAAGAUUGAUUACAAUUCCAACGUAGUUGGUUGAAAAAAAGUUUUCUUUAAUCAAUAUGGUUCGUCAUAUUGACAACAAAUUGCUUGCAACAUAUCAAGUUAAAGUUCUAUUAAAAGAUUAAAACUUGUUGAUUUAAAACAAUUUU